AAAAUUGCAGAAUCAAUACUUCGGGGUCGGUAUAUAAAUACGCGAUACCCGCGUUGAAAACCCUUCGAAUAUUUUAAGAGUUUGAAAGUCCAGAGCGCGAAAUUGGUGAGAGAGAGAGAGAGCCAUCAAAAUUGCUUGAACUGUAGCUUAAUGGCUGGAGGAGAGAAGGUAAAGUCCAGAAAGCGAAGCGGAGAUGAAGAUGGCGUGGCAUCAUCCAAGUUGAAUAAAGAGAACUCUGAUUUCGAUCUAGAUCUUUCAAGGGACAUUAAAGGUAUAAUACAAGCUCUGCAUCAGAUCAGAGACAAGGCACAUAAGGAUGGGCAAAAGAAGACUGAGGAGACAAUUACCAGUUUGGCAUCAGAAAUAAGGAUCAUGUUGGAUGAGGCCAAGAGGAAGCUUGAGAAAGAAAGACAGGCCUUUGCCAAGACACUAACAAAGAAUUCCAAAGAGUGUGAGAGUGUUCUAAAGGAUGAGUCAACCAAGUUCCAAGCGGCCUAUGAGAAGUUUUGCAAGGAUAAAACAUCACAUCUUCAGGCCUAUAAUGAAAUAUUCUCCAAAUUUGAGGAUGAAAAGGAGAAGCUGUUUGCCUGCUAUGAACAACAGAGAAAGAAAGAGAAGAUCAUGAUAUCAGAUCUUGAGAAGGCUUGUGCUGACAAAAUUGCAGCAGCUGAAGGUUCCCUCAAAAAAAAGAAACAGGAUGAUAAAUCUUUCAAUAUUCUGCGAAAAUCUCUUGGUUCCUUUUUGGAUAGCGGCUCUGACGAGGACUAAGCAGUGGAUGAAUGGCACCAAAAAUGAAAUUGAAUGUUUUUACUGAAACUAAUCACUGUUUCUUGAGGUUUGAGUAAAUCUCUGAAGUAAAUAAGAAUGUUGAAGGAAAUGAAUUCACAUUUACAAGAAAUUAGGGAAUAAGAGAGAAGAGACUUAGAGUGAGGGA